GUUUCUCCAAGCGAUAGUCUCGAGGGAAGCAGAUGCAGAGCUCUGAGGGAGAGAGGAGAGGAUGGAGAAGAGAAAAUGGCAAUGAUCCUUUUGUAGGGCAGGCAUUUGAACGAAAGUUAAGGAAAGGAAGACAAAUAGAAAGAUAUAGGCAAAAAGAAAGAGGAAAAGGAGGAGGUGAGAAGAGACAAAAGGAAAGGAGUUACAGGGAAAAAGAGAGCAACAGAAGCAGCGAUAGGUUGACGUGUCACCAUGACAACGGAAGCAGGCUCUGAGACAGAGGUGAAGGAGAAAGCAGAGGAGUCAGCCGCUCAGCCGGACCAAUUGGAGAAGACUACGGAAAAAACUCAGGAAGUAGCAAACGCUGAGGGAGAGGAGAAGGAAAAGGAGAAGGAGAAAGAGGGGAAAGAGGGAAAAGGAAUAUCUCGAUACCUGCCAACAUGGCUUAAGAAGCAGAAGUCUCAGAGCCAGACCUCCCCGACCAAGGAGGCCCCGCCCACAGAGGAAGCUGUUAGCAAGGUGACACAGGAGGAGGAAGGGCCUGCCCCAGAAGUGAACGGUCACGCAGAGGAAGUGGAAGAGGAGGAGGCAGUGAAGUCGGAGCAAGUGAAGGAAAAAGAAGCAGAAUAUCAUUCCAACGCCAGUGCAGACACAGAGCCCGCCAAGGAGGAGAAGGUGGAGGAGAGCGCUGAGAAAAGUCCUGAGGUGGCCAAGGUGACAACAGAGGGAGAAGGAGCAGAGGAGCAGAAGAAGGAGCAGGAAGGAGAGGUAGAACGUGAAGAGGAGGGAGGAGGAGGAGAAGGCCAGACCUCCAUUUUCCAGUCUCCUCUUCGCCUGGUGAGGAAGACCAAGAUGAAGCUGGUGGUGUGUCACGUGACCCUCCUGGAUGGGUCCGACUUCACCUGUGAGGUGGAGAAACGUGCUAAGGGCCAGUACUUAUUCUUUAAGGUGUGUGAGCACCUUAAUCUACUGGAAAAAGACUACUUUGGUCUGACAUACACGGACAGCCAUGAACAGAAGUGUUGGUUGGAUCCCACUAAGGAAAUCAAGAGACAGAUGCGCAGUAACAACUGGCAGUUUGCAUUCAAUGUCAAGUUCUACCCUCCCGACCCCUCACUGCUCACUGAAGACAUUACCAGGUACCUGUUGUGUCUGCAGCUCCGUGAAGAUGUGGCUUCGGGUCGACUGCCUUGCUCGUUUGUCACCCACGCUCUGCUGGGGUCAUACACAUUGCAGGCAGAAUUUGGUGACUAUGAACCUGACCAGCCUCGCCCUCUCGACUACAUCAGUCAGCGGACCUUUGCGCCCAAUCAGAACAAAGAGAUGGAGGAGAAGAUUCUUGAACUCCACAAGUCUCACAGGGGAAUGACACCAGCACAGGCUGACGCCCAGUUUCUAGAAAAUGCCAAGAAACUGUCCAUGUAUGGGGUGGACCUGCACCAUGCUAAGGAUUCUGAGGGUGUGGACAUCAUGCUAGGUGUGUGCGCCAACGGACUCCUGGUUUACAAAGACAGACUUCGGAUAAAUCGUUUUGCUUGGCCCAAAAUACUCAAGAUUUCAUACAAGAGGAACAACUUCUACAUAAAGAUCAGACCUGGAGAGACGGAGCAGUUUGAGAGCACGGUGGGAUUCAAACUCCAGAAUCAUCGAUCUGCCAAAAGGCUGUGGAAAGUCUGUGUGGAGAAUCACAGUUUCUUCAGGUUAAAUGCACCAGAACCUCCUACCAAGCCCCGCUUCUUGACUCUGGGCUCCAAGUUCCGUUACAGCGGGCGGACCCAGGCCCAGACCCGCGUGGCCAGCUCCCUCAUAGACCGACCUGCACCAAACUUUGAACGCACCUCAUCCAAACGCAUCAGCCGCAGUCUGGAUGGAGCACCAGUGAUCAGCAUAACUGAAGCCGGCCGGGACGCAGCUGAGAACGGGCGUGAGCUCCACUCUGACUCUAAGGUUAAGGAGGUGGACUUAAGCCCUGGUAAUGUGGAAGCCACGCCCACCCAGUCACUUGGAGCCAGUGAGCUUGCCCCCUCUCAGAGUCCAAUGAGAGUGUAUGGGGACAAUAUUUAUGUGAGGCACAGUAAUUUAAUGUUGGAGGACCAUGAUAAGACCCAAGAAGAGGUUCUGAAACACCAAGCUAGCAUUAGCCAGCUAAAACGCUCCUUUAUGGAGGCGCCACCUCCCUCUCCUCCUCAACCCAACCAGUGGGAGAAACGUCUCACCUCCUCUCCCGCUACAACAAUACGUGUUCAACAGCAACAAGUGAGCCUUGAAGAGGAGAUAGCUUCUGUACUUUUCAGUCGACACUCUGGCACUGGCUUUGGUUUGGCUGCUGCGUCUGCCUGCAGUGUUCCUGAACCAACACUAGAUGCUGUUAUAACCACAUUCUCAUCUACUUCUACUACUUCCACUGCUGUCUGCGGUCCUGCUGCACCGCAUGGGCUUCUUAUUUCCCCAACUGCUACACUCUCUGUCACUGAGGAGAGUGUGCCCCAAAUGGAAGCAGAUGCUGCUGAUACCGCGAUCUCUGAUACCAAAGAACCUGCAAAGACAACCGAAGUUGAAAUUGAAGAAACUGUUGUCGUCCAAGAGGUUUCCAAAGCACCCAAACCUGGACUUGUCACAGUUACAAUCAGCCCCCCUGCUGACUCACCUGCAGAGCAGGAAACGAGAGAGCAGGAAGUGAAAGUCGAAGAGGAAGUAGUGGAGGAAGCAAAAGUGGCGAAGCAGGAGAGCAUUUCAUCUGAGAGCGAGAGUGAAGAAGAAGCGGAGUACCAUCCAAAUGUCUCCGUAUCCAUCUCACAUACACAAAUACCGGAGGAGAAGGAAGAGGAGGAAGAGCAGGAGAAGAAACAGGAGGAUAAGACGGCCGAGCAGGACGUGUCGGCUCCAGAUGCUCUUUCCCUUCCAGCUGAAGUCAGCCAACCUGUAGAGGCAACCAGUCGAGAGGGAGAGGAGUCCAGGCAAGAGGAUGCAGAGGCAGAGAAGAAGUAUGCAGAAGAGGAGAAAGAAGGUGAGAGGGAGACAGAGGAAAGUGCCGAUGAUCCAAUGGGGACACCCGAUGAAGCUCCUAAUGGUCUCCCCUUGCCUGAGGAGAGCGUGACCGGGAUGGUCGCCCCUGCAGAGGAAGAGGAAAAGCCCAAAUUGAACGGAGAAGCCUCUCUGGUUGAAGCAGAACCACGGCCACAGGUUAUUUGUUGCUCUGAGCCACCUGUGGUAAAGACAGAAAUGGUGACUAUAUCAGACACGUUUGCAGCCCAGAAAACUGAGAUAGCUACAAAAGAAGUGCCCAUCGUACAUACGGAAACCAAGACCAUCACAUACGAAGCCGCACAGUUGGAUGGUAAUGGUGACGGCGAGCCUGGAGUGUUGAUGACUGCUCAGACAAUCACCUCUGAAUCUCUGUGUACUACUACAACCACACACAUCACCAAGACAUUAAAGGGCGGCCUAUCAGAGACAAGGAUUGAGAAGCGCAUCGUCAUUACUGGCGACUGUGACAUCGACCACGACGAGGCACUGGCCCAGGCCAUUAAGGAGGCCAAAGAGCAACAUCCUGACAUGUCUGUUACCAGAGUGGUGGUUCAUAAAGAAACUGAACUGGCUGAGGAGGAGGAUUGACUGAACUCAGAGUUGAAGGGUCCAUCGUGACUGUUUUCUCUGUUGACGUUGAACGACCUCCAUCACCCUACAACAACCCACCCUGACUGACUGAAGAGGAGGAGAACUGAAACACAGGAGGGGAAGGGGUAGACAAAUGAAUAGAAGUUGCCAAUCUUUUCAAAGUCGGUCUCUCUUACAUGUCUGUGGUGCAUCUAAAUCCCUCACUCCAAAACCAAGAAAAAGAAAAAUAAUAUCCUCACUCUUCCUGAGGGAACAAAAAGAACCACUUUGUUAGCUUAACAUUUGUAGCGUGUUUUUAUUUUAUAAUAGUGCUUUUUUUCCUUUAACUGUUUGUUUUACAAAAAGAAAGAAGAUAGUGUAUCUGUCAUGUAUUGCAAAAAUAAAUGCUGUAGGGAUGCACUGAUAACCAAUCCUGAUGAGAUACAAGGCUGAAAAUGAUUAUUGUUUCAUUGUACCAGUGACCUUCAAAGCAAAUUCUGCUUUUUUCAUACGUAGAUCUCAACCAGAGAAAGCUUUUAUCUUCAUAAUUUUUGUCAAAAAGUAAUUAAUUUCAAGUUUUGUACUUUGAAUCUGCAUCAGCAGCAGUAUUGGUGCAUUCCUUAAAAAAAAAGGAAAAAAAAAAGUUAAAUUACAGCUCCCUCCCUUACUUCAUUAUGGUGUAAAUGGAGAGAAACACAAUGUAACAGUAAUUUCUAUAGUAACAAGCAGGACUGCAGGAAACAGGGAGACACAACUUGGUCUUUUUUUUUUUCUUCUUUUUUUUUUACUUUUCGAAGUGUAAUAAAAUCAGUCUCACUCAUUAAAACUCAGUCAGAUGAAUGGUAGAACCAACCUUGUGACAUUAUCAUAUUUUAAUACUAAUGAUUACAGGAAAUAGGGAGCUGUAACUUAAAAUAUUGCAGUAAAAACCAAUCAACCAGGUUUAUGAAUUGUUAUGAUUCUGUCUUUUUUUCUCUGUAAGUAUAGUUAUUAAUCAUCCACAGUGCUUGUGUGUUGACUAGCGGCUGAGUGAGUUCGUUUUCAGUUCAAUUCACUUUUUACUCACCUCUAAGCAGAGAAGACAUUUUGCCAUUCACAGUAGGUGGCAAUGGAAGGAAUCCUAAUUGGGUCAGUGGGUUUGACAUUAAUUAAGCUCGAGAAGCCAAAUGGUGCAGGUGGAAUUAAUUCCUUGUGAUAUAUUUGAAAGUUUUACUGUGUUCUUAGAAUUUUUACGAAAUGGAAAUUAAUUUGAACUGAAAAUGGACUGACUUUAAAGCUGGAGUAUACGACUUUCUGUACAGUAAAACAUUAAGGUUAUUAGAUGGGAGCAGUAAUGCCGCUUUUCAUUAGCUAAAUGCUCUCCCUUGGCCCGCCCACUAUACGACACUAGCCAUUCCUAUAGGGCCACAGGGAAGCAAGGGAGCAGACUUUUGAUUUAAAAAAAAAAACAACUGAAGGAUAAUUGGGAGAUAGAGGUGGCGCUGUGUGGUGCCAAACUAACAAUUUGGGAGUUAAAAAGAAUUUGAACAUCGAUGUAUGUUGGCCUAUUUUGCAUCCUGCAGUGAGUUAAAGCCAUUUUAACAUUCUUAAGACAAUGCUUAAUACAUAAUCUGCAAUUUAAAUUAUUCAAAAAGAGUUUUGUGCUACAACCAGCACAGGUACCAAAACAAGGACAUACACUUGAAACCAGGUCUGUCCAAAAUUCAGAAUAAUGGAACUUCUACCAGUUUGCUAACUCUGCAUCAGAGCCUGUUUAUCGCCAUAGUUCAGCACUUAAUUUCACUCCCAGCUUCUUUUCAUACCAGACUACAGACUAGACUACUAACAAAACCUGCUAGAUAUAAUGAGAUCUGGGAUUAAAUUCAGCAUGUCUUCACACAUUUUUAUCUUGCAAGAGUAUCUUGAGCGAAUCUAGAUAGAAGGCUACUGUGUUGAUUGGUUUGAGAGUGUGUAGAGAGCAGAUUAUCUCGGCUCAUACAGUACGUCUAGAGAAGAUUAUCUUUGACCUGACGCUGGCUUCGUUGUAACUGUUUCACUGCAACCAAAUGUUCUUCAGCAUUAAAGUGAUUUUAUAUGUUUUUGACCCGUUUCAGUUUCAAAAUUACAUUCAGUUGUAUUCUACAUUAUUCUACUACACAAAAACCUGUCAGUACACUACGAACAGGCAUGGAAACAGUUACAACAUAGCAGUAAAAUGCAGCUUAAAGGGAAGUGUAUCCGAGGGUUUGAAGUGCUCUUGAAACCCCUAAAUGGAAUAUUGUGAUGUUAUUAUUCAUUUUCUGUGUCCUUUUAUCCAAAUGUUCAGCAGAAUUCCACAAAAAUGUGACUUUGUUUAAAAAUUGGUGUCAUUAAAUGGAUUAGAACAAGGAGCAAUGGUCUAAUGCAUUUAGUAGACACAAAAAAACAACCACAUUUUCCUGAAAUUUAACUGAUUGUAAGCAAAGUGCCACAGAUUAAUAUAAAAAACAUUCCAUCUGUACCUGCCUAGAUUUGUCUUAACCCUCCAGUCUGACUGGACAUAGUGGCAUUUUGAAUGGACUCAAUAUAAUUUUUUAUUUUAUUUUAAGGUAGAAAUAUUGACACACAUUCUCCACAUUUGAAAUAGUAUGUGCCUCUUAAUUUAACCCCUGUUUAAAACUUUUCUUUCUGGACUGAGGCAUGUCCAGACGAUGGAGUGGUAAUGACUGUCUAGACUUUCUAUUGGGAAAUACUGGUCUGACCUCUACUAUGCAGUUAAAAGACAUUCCAGAUGAGGGGGAAGCUUUAACCUCUAACCCUCUUGCAAAGAGACAAAGCAGCAGAAAAACAUGAAAAACAAACAAACCGUGCAACACUAGGCAGCUUUGGAAGCUUUCACUGUUCAAAAAAAAAAAAAGAAAAGAAAAGAAAAAUCUUUUAAACAACAUCGGUUAUAUCACAACAGCUAUAUUUGUAGAUUUUCUCAUCAUUUGUUGUCUUUUCUCUGUGAAACUGAUCUAGUUGUUGAAAGAUGGGAUUUUUUGUGUGCCCUCUUUGAUAUUUUUAAUAUUGUCACACUUUUUGACUUUGAAGGAACACCACUACAAAUCAAAAUUUCUGCCACCAUUUCCCUUUUGUACUUUUAGCCCCAGGUUUAACCUCUUUUCCGGGGGUCUGUGCUCUGUUUGAACCAAUCACAGGAGCUUUGGGGGCUGCGAGGUCUGGUUUUCCAAAAUGUUGGCAGCGCUUUUCUCGUGAAUUUUAUUUGAGGCUAUUCAAAAAAAAAAAAAAAAUGCUACCACAAAAGAAUGUCUUGCCAUCAGGAACUUUUAUUAUAUAUAAAAAAUCAACACAGACAAGUGAAAGUGUUCAGUGGUUACCAUAGCAACUCCAUAAUGUCACUCCAAGCAACUGGUGAUGAUGAUUCAACGCCAGCUGAUUUUUUAGAAAGUGUCAGGGAUCUCAAGAUUGUAACAUUAUGGAGGGCAAUGUUACACAGAAAAACCAACAAUAUACUGCCAUUAGAUUAGAUUUAAUUCAUACAAUAACGUCUCUUUCUGUAUGAGGCUGAUGAAGCAGAUGUUUUAAAAGACAAAUGAUAAUUGGACUACGUUCUUUAGUUAUAUCUCAGGCUUUGUAUUACAGUUUGGACAGAUGAGACAGUGUACGGUCAAUUAAUACCAGCACAAUUUUGUAUUUUAACUACUUAAAACUCACAUUCAACAAAACUUUUUAAAGAAACAAAUUUUGGAGAACCAACCACAGCUGCCUCAUCGUUCCCUGUUAGCCAAACAGUGAUCACCGGUAGGGUUUUUCUGUCUAGCAGCUUAAUUGUUUUGUGUCUCCCCACACACACAGCCACUCCUCCCCUGUGUAACACUGUUUAAAUAAAGGAUUGUUAUACUCUGAAA